AUGAUUGAGGACAAGCCGUCAGAAUUGCCAAACCAAGGAUCCCUGUUUCCCUGCCCGCUUCAGUUUGCAGGCUGCCAGACGCCAUGUGGCAACACAAACGAAUGGAAGCGCCACGUAUCCACCAAACAUUUGCGCCAUCUUAUCUUCCGAUGCGCCGAGGGUAGCUGUGCUACAGGUACAGCUCGCCGAAACUGGCCACGUCACGACACACUCAUGGAGCACACGAGUAAGCAACACGGCGGCAAGGCCAAGUACGAAGUUCUUCGGGCCGAAGCGCCGUCAAGUUUACCGUGCUUUGUCGAAGGUUGCAAAGAAUCAUUCUCUGGAUGGAGAUGGUACACAGAUCUGUUGGAGCAUUGGCUGGGGCAUACCAUGGACGCAAAAUGCCACGACGUUUUCUCGCGCGAACCCGGACGGCCGAACGGGACGGCCUUUGUUGACUUUGGCAUCGAACGAGGCUUUAUCGCGCGAGAUGAAACUGACCGACUUCAAUGCCCCAAGAGGCCAAGUGGUACGCACUACCAUGUUGUCGAAAGGCGGUACACGCAAGAACAAGAAUCAGCAUGCUCCUGUGGCUGGACAGGUACUGUCGGCAGUAAGACGCGCCACAGAAGCCACAGAUCGCGUUGUCUGCUGUACUCGUGGGAUCCCAAGCCACCAACGUCGAACGAUGUUCCACUGGCUACCGUGGUACACAGCCCGACAGCGGAAGGGUGGUCUCCGUUCCGACGCACUGCUUGGUCCGCUCCGGAAUGCCCUCCCCGUGGACCGACGGGGCUGGUUUUUCCUGCUGCUGUAUCAUCAAAUGGCGAGCCCUCACUGCCUCCAGCCAGGGAAGAAGUUAUCUGGCAUACCACCGCAGACGUCAUCAACCAGGAAAACAAGACGUACCAAGGCAUCCAGUACAGGCCUCGAUGGAGCGGGCCUUUUUUCGGAAUGAUGCAUGUCUCCGCUGACGAACGGGUUUCCAUCGAUGAUGAGCCGUACAUUCUUACCAGAGUCCUGGCCAGACUAGUGGCGGCCUGA